AUGGACUCAUACAGGAGUCAAAAAACUCAAUAUACAAAUGGAGACCGUUCAAACUUUUGGCUUGGCAUUCCAUUUGCUGACUCAGAAGACUUUAUGGGUGGUAUUUCAACUGUUGGUACUGUACAAAUACAAUAUACUGGUGACAGAGACGGUCCAGAUGAAUUGAGAGCAAAGAAGUUUACAAAACCAAUAGCACUUUUCACGGAAGAUGCUCUUUUGAAGAUUCGUUCGAUGAAACCUGCUGGGGCUCCUCAGAUUGGCAUAACGACAGCUUCCAUCGAGCAGAUUUUGGCAGCAGGUCAGUAA